AUGAGCACUCGCCCACAACUCGACACUUAUCAAUCCUUUAUGGAUCGUUUCACCGCUGCCCUCUCCCAGCAGGGGAAUUCCCCCCGCCAAGUGUCGUCCAUGGGCUUUGGAGCCCUCGCCAUCACCGAUGGUUCGCCGUCUGUCGCGGCCCCUCCCGCCGUUGGAGCUCCUGCUGCGGUUCCUUCUCCCGCCGUGUCCCCCGCUAUGGCUGCGAUCCCUCUCUCCUCUGGCCAACAGGAGGUCAGACCUGCUCCUGUUGGCCCUUCGCAAGCUUCGGGUCAGUCUGCUACUGUGGUGGGGAUUGAUGAUGACGACGAGGAGAUGGAUGUUGUUGAUAGUGAUGAAGAGAUGGGUGAUGUUGUUGAUGGUGAGGAAACGGGUGGUGCAGAUGAUGAGGAAGGAAUGGGUGAUGAAGAUGAGGAAAUGUAUGACAUUGAUCUUGGUGACCAGGAGUUGUUUGAGGAUAGGGAUGGUUGGUUGGCCGAGGUAGGGGCAUUUAGUCGUACGUUCUCAGUUGUAUUAUCUGUUCCUGUCCGCGUCAUCAAAGGAUCCCCCGAGCUUUGUGUCACAAACUACGUCGUGACACCUCGAUUACUCCACCAACAAUGA